AUGGAGCCACCGAAUCAUUUUGAGACAACUAACAUGACCGGGAAUGCACAGCCGCUCGAGCACCCAGUUUGCGCUGAAUGGAGGGAAAACCCGGAGGGGUCCGUCUUUCAUCUCGCCCAUAUUUUCCUGGUUUUGGGAUAUAUGGGCGGUAGUGGUUUCUAUGGACUUAUUUACAUGUUUACAUUUUUGGCACUUGGUUUCUUUUGCUCGUCAAUCUGGGCAUGGUCAGACCCCUGUACUACUGAUACUUUUUCAUGGACUUUUGCGCUUUUCGCGAUUUGUGUGGCUCAGAUUGUUCAUGUUGCCUAUCGGCUUCGUAGUGUCACAUUUGAAAAGGAAUUCCAAGAUCUCUAUAGCUCUAUGUUUCAAAGGCUGGGAGUAUCACUUACUCAGUUUGGUAAGAUUGUCGCCUGUUGUGAGGGGGAUAUCCACACCAUUGAGAAGGACCAUUACUUCGCAAUGGAAGGCAAAACCCCCAUCGACAAGCUGUCCGUUCUACUGUCCGGCAGGAUUCGAGUUACAGUAAACGGAGAGUUUUUGCACUAUAUAUACCCUUUCCAGUUCCUCGAUUCGCCCGAGUGGGAUUCACUCAGGCCGGCGGAAGAAGGAGUUUUUCAGGUAACACUGAGAGCAGAUAACCGCUGUAAAUACAUUGCGUGGAGGCGCAAGAAACUGUAUCUGCUGUUUGCUAAACACCGCUACAUUGCAAAGAUCUUUGCACUGGUUGUACGCAAUGAUAUCGCAGACAAGUUGUACUCUCUGAACGACAAAGCUUUCGACAGCCGUGGGUUCCGAUAUGAUCUCCGAUUACCAAGCUUCUGUCACGUGCCGGGGCCAGAAUUAGAAAAGACAGAUGCACCUCGGCGUGUCCAGCGCCAGAACGCUACAACCAAGAAGCAUCAAAGUGAACCUGAACACUAA